GGGGCCGGACGCGGCUGCGGUGUGGGGCGGUUGGGCAGCGCGGGCUCCGGGGCCUGAGGAGCCGGCGGCGCCAUGGAGGGCGGUGGAGGUUCGGGGCGCAGUGGCCGGGACAAGAAGAAGGGGAAGGGGCCGGAGGAGGCUGCGGGGUCCGGGGACCCCGGCAAGUCCAAGAAAUUCACUUUGAAGCGGCUCAUGGCGGAUGAGCUGGAGCGAUUCACCAGCAUGCGGAAUAAAAAGGAGAAGGAAAAAUCCAAUGUUGCUCAUAGGAAUUCCUCUGCUUCCUAUAUGGAUUUUCCUAGUGCAGGCCAGAUGCUACAGGAAAUCACAGAUCAGGAUGUGCUGAGCCUCUUUGAACAGAUGCUGGUUGAUAUGAAUCUGAAUGAGGAGAAGCAGCAGCCUCUGAGGGAGAAGGACAUAAUAAUCAAGAGGGAGAUGGUGUCCCAGUAUCUACAUACCUCUAAAGCUGGCAUGAGUCAGAAGGAGAGCUCAAAGUCGGCCAUGAUCUAUAUCCAGGAGCUGAAAUCAAAUCUCAGGGAUGCCCAAUUGCUCGGUUGUUUGGAGUCUCUGCGAGUGUCGCUCAACAACAAUCCUGUCAGCUGGGUACAGAAUUUUGGGGCUGAGGGCCUCAACUGCCUGCUGGACAUAUUAAAAAGGCUCCAUGAUGAGAAGGACGAGGCACCCAGCUCCUAUGACACCCGGAGCAAACAUGAGAUCAUCCGAUGCCUGAAGGCUUUCAUGAACAACAAGUUUGGAAUCAAGACAAUGCUGGAAACGGAGGAGGGGAUCUUGUUGUUGGUGAGAGCUGUUGACCCCAAAGUCCCUUCCAUGAUGAUAGAUGCUGUGAAACUGCUGUCAGCUCUCUGUAUCCUGCCUCAGCCCGAGGACAUGCAUGAGCAGGUUCUGGAGGCACUGACAGAGCGAGCAGAAGUGGACGAGGUGGAGCGAUUUGGUCCCUUGUUGGAUGGCCUAAAGGGCGGAACCUCCGUGGCACUGAAGGUAGCCUGUAUGCAGCUGAUCAAUGCCCUUAUCAUCCCUGCUGAUGAGCUCGACUUCCGAGUUCACAUUCGAAGUGAGCUGAUGCGUUCUGGGUUGCAGCACAUCCUUACGGAGCUGCGGAAGCUGGAGAAUGAGGAACUGAAGGUACAGCUGAGUGUAUUUGAAGAACAUGGUGAGGAGGAUUCUGAAGACCUCAAGAGCCGCCUUGAGGACAUUCGCAUUGAAAUGGAUGAUUUCAGUGAAGUCUUCCAGAUUCUCCUCAACACAGUAAAGGAUUCCAAAGCAGAGCCAUUCUUCCUCUCCAUCCUGCAGCACCUUCUGCUAAUCCGCAAUGAUUAUGAAGCCAGGUCUCAGUACUAUAAGCUAAUUGAUGAAUGCAUUUCCCAGAUAGUUCUGCAUAAGAAUGGUGCUGAUCCAGACUUCAAAUGCAAGCGCCUCAACAUUGACAUUGAGGGGCUAAUAGAUAACUUGAUUGAUCAAACAAAGGUGGAGAAAAGUGAGGCCAAAGCAGUGGAGCUGGAGAAAAAGCUGGACUCAGAACUGACCGCACGGCAUGAGCUUCAGGUUGAAAUGAAGAAGGUGGAAAGUGACUUUGAACAGAAACUCCUGGAUUUAGAUGCAGAGAAGCAGUUCCUGGACAAGGAGAAACAACAAAUUACCCUAGAGAAGCAGAGUCUGGAAAGCGAAGUCUCCAAGAAGAACAAUCAGAUCACUAAGUUGUUGAAGGAGCUUGAAGAUACUAAGAGGGAAAUGGCUGCUAUCGCUUCUAAAGCUGCAUCUGCCUCGCCUCCCCCGCCGCUCCCUGGGACGGCUGCGAUCCCGCCGCCGCCUCCCCCGCCGCUCCCUGGGGCGGCGGCGAUCCCGCCGCCGCCUCCCCCGCCGCUCCCUGGGGCGGCGGCGAUCCCGCCGCCGCCUCCCCCGCCGCUCCCUGGGGCGGCGGCGAUCCCGCCGCCGCCUCCCCCGCCGCUCCCUGGGGCGGCGGCGAUCCCGCCGCCGCCUCCCCCGCCGCUCCCUGGGGCGGCUGCGAUCCCGCCGCCGCCUCCCCCGCCGCUCCCUGGGGCGGCGGCGAUCCCGCCGCCGCCUCCCCCGCCGCUCCCUGGAGGUCCUGGGAUCCCGCCGCCGCCUCCCCCGCCGCUCCCUGGAGGUCCUGGGAUCCCGCCGCCGCCUCCCCCGCCGCUCCCUGGAGGUCCUGGGAUCCCACCGCCGCCUCCCCCGCCGCUCCCUGGAGGUCCUGGGAUCCCGCCACCCCCUCCAGGAAUGGGAGCCCCUCCUCCUCUGCCCCCUGGGUUUGGGGGCUGGGGAGCCCCUGCAGCUCCAGCUCUCCCCUAUGGAUUGGCUCCAAAGAAACAGUAUAAGCCAGAGGUACAGCUGCGAAGACCUAACUGGUCUAAGAUUGUGGCUGAGGAGCUCUCCCAGGACUGUUUCUGGACUAAGGUGAAAGAAGAUAGAUUUGAGAAUGAUGAGCUCUUUGCCAAGCUAACACGCACCUUCUCUGCCCAGACUAAGUCCUCCAAGGCAAAGCAAGACCAGGAAGGCGGACAGGAGAAGAGUACACAAAAGAAAAAGGUCAAAGAGCUGAAAGUGUUGGAUUCAAAGAGUGCACAGAAUCUCUCGAUUUUCCUGGGCUCCUUCCGUAUGCCUUACGAGGAGAUCAAGAAUGUAAUCCUGGAGGUGAAUGAGGCUGUGCUGACUGAGUCCAUGGUGCAGAACCUGAUUAAGCAGAUGCCAGAGCCAGAACAGCUGAAAAUGCUGUCAGAGCUGGGAGACGAAUACAAUGAACUGGCUGAGUCUGAGCAGUUUGGUGUUGUGAUUAGCUCAGUUUCCUGCCUGCGGCCCCGCCUCAAUGCCAUCCUCUUCAAGCUGCAAUUUAAUGAGCAGGUGGAGAAUAUCAAGCCUGAGAUUGUCUCAGUAACAGCAGCCUGUGAGGAAGUGCGCACAAGUAAGAGUUUUUCCAGCCUGCUGGAGAUAACCCUAUUGGUGGGCAACUUCAUGAAUGCAGGCUCCAGGAAUGCUGGUGCCUUUGGCUUCAACAUUAGCUUCCUCUGCAAGCUCCGAGACACAAAAUCCGCUGAUCAGAAGUUAACAUUGCUGCACUUCCUGACUGAGCUGUGUGAGCAGCAGUACCCUGACAUAAUGAAGUUCCCUGAUGAGCUCAUCCAUGUGGAGAAAGCCAGUCGAGUCUCUGCUGAGAAUUUACAGAAGAAUUUGGAUCAGAUGAGGAAACAGAUUUCAGACCUGCAGCACGAUGUUGAGAAAUUUCCCACUGCCACAGAUGAGAAGGACAAAUUUGUCGAAAAAAUGACCAUCUUUGUGAAGAAUGCUCAGGAGCAGUAUGAAAAGCUGCGAAUGAUGCACUCAAAUAUGGAGAACCUUUUUAAGGAGAUGGGCCAGUACUUCCUGUUUGACCCCAAGAAAAUAUCCAUUGAGGAGUUCUUCAUGGAUCUGCACAACUUCAGGAACAUGUUUCUGCAAGCUGCCAAGGAGAAUCAGAAGCGGCAUGAGACAGAGGAGAAGAUGCGCCGAGCAAAACUAGCCAAGGAGAAGGCUGAGAAGGAAAGACUGGAGAAGCAGCAGAAGAGAGAGCAGCUGAUCGACAUGAAUGCAGAGGGUGAUGAGACAGGGGUGAUGGACAGCCUGAUGGAAGCCCUGCAGUCAGGAGCAGCGUUCCGGAGGAAGAGAGGACCUCGCCAGGACUCUCUCCUGUCACUCUGUGAGGUGGAGGAGGAUACACCUGAGCGGCAAAGAAAAAAGCCGGCUGUGCUGUCACCUCACUGCUAGCCUCGGAGCUGAUGAAAGACGAUGCGUUGAGUGCAGUACCAAGCAAGGCAUUAAAGAGCAGCGAAGCAUCAAUGGAUGGAGGGGCCCAUGAUGAUAGCAUGGAGAUGAUCAGCCGUUCAAGUUAGGGUUGACCUGCAGGACUGAAAGAGUUUUACAGAGGAAGCAAAAUACACUGGGUCACUUUGCAAUCUUUUUGCAUGGAUCUGAGGGGCAGUCUGAUUUCCUUCUUGCUCUUAGGGCUGCUUGUGCCAGCUUUAGCCUUAUGGUUAUUGUUCCAUAUCUUGUCUCCAGGCUUCAAUCUUUCUGCCUCUCAAAUUACAAAGCAAAAAGCUUUACCUGAAUGUAAGCCAUGCUCGGAGCAAGGUGAGAGACACUGGGUCUAGCUCUCCCUUCCCUGCAGGGUAUGGUAGAGUGUACUGGGGAAAAAAGGGGCACUGAUGGAGAGAUUAGAGACCACAGUCCCGCCCAGACAUAUCCCUGCAUUGGGUGUUGCCAAAGCAGGAACGUUACAAGCUGCCUUAACCCAGACUUCUUUAGUUUGUUACUUUGGGGGACGCUGCUGGGCCAGGACAGCCAAGACACCAGUUCCACAGGUGACUUUCCUCCAGCAGGUCUCAAGGUUCCCAGCCCCACUCCCUUAUCACGUGUAUGUGGGAGGAAACCUUAUAGGUAAAUUUAGCUGGACUUCUACUUCUCCAACUGCUGUGCUGUGUUCUUGGACCGAGCACCUUAUCCUGCGCCCUGUCCCUACUGUGUGCUAGGAGAGAAAGGGGCUCUCCAGACACCUGAGGUGGGAAGCUGUGCCCUUGCCUUCCUCAGGACCUGCUGCUUUCCUGCUCUUCACAUGCUCGCCCUGUGCUUGCUCUAUUUAUUGCUAGCAUUCCCUUAGGAGAGCCCUUCCCGCCACUGUGAAAAUUAUGUAAUAGCAGUGAUGACCCAACAGGAAAAGAUGAGUGUUUGCUUGGGGCCAAGAAGCUGCUUCUUGUGUAGUAGCUGCCUCUGCAUGCUUUGGAGCCUAGGAAUAAAGGUUAAGUGUAUUGUUGUGUAUCACUAAGUGGCCUGAGGUUGAGACAUCUUCCCACCCGGUGUCACAUGCCUGAGUGAAAGCAUUCACAAUAGUCCGCCAGCAGCAUCUGCUCAGAAUGAAUCCAGGCUGCACUUCUGUUUGCACAGGACUCUCUCCAUUGUACACGAUUUUCCAAUCUUUUGUGGCAAAUCCCUCGUGUUGCUGCAGCAAAGGCCUCAACUUCCUCGAGGUUGCUUGCUUCAGCUGUUGUGUUGUGCCAUGCAGAGGAACUCCCCUCCCUCCUUGCCAUGGCAACAGACUGGUGGAACCUCCCUUUGGCUAAGAAAACAUUUUGCAAAUGUAUCUAUUUUUGUAUCAGAUUUUGUUUUAAAAGGAAAUUUGAAUGUAAGAUAAAAAUAUCAGAAACAUUUGCAUGUUUGUGAAAUUGCCUCCCUGCACCGUAUGCCCUUCGUUGUCCGCUGUAGGAUGGAGGAAUUGCCUGCCCGCCUGCAACACAGCACUGUCCCUCUCUGUCCUCCCCAAGGGGAUUGGGCUUCCUACUUGCUGCACUGCCUCUGGGUCCCAUCCCCAUGGGCAUAGAGCUGCUUCACUCAUGCACUGGCUGAGCCAGUCUAUUAUGGGCAUGAAAUUAGGGGAGUGAAAAUGCUGGCUUUAGUAUCUCCCCGGUAUGAGAUGAUGUGUGAUACAGUGUAGUUUAGCACCUAUGGUUCUGGCAGCUCAUAGCACUCCGGCUCCAACCUGGCCCGGUGGUGUUGGGAUUGUGAAGGGCAGAGAUGUGCCUGACAUCCCAAGGCAGAGGGUGCGGGAAGCAAUCCUGUCCCAUGCCUCACAAUGUUGUCUGUGGACAUACUAGUUGGGAAAGCCCAUGGCUCGGCCCAGCUUCGGGCCCCCAUGUACUGAGGUGCUGCUAUUCUUGUAAUUUAAUAUAUUUAAGGAGUCACGUUUGUGAUGUGGUCGGAGUGAUCAGUAAAGGCCCAGUGCAGACUGGGCCAGCCGCAUACCUCUGCUGCUAUUGCACCUGUGAGCUCUCUGUACACAUGGACUGGGUGGGCAGAUGGGCUUUGCAUGCACCUGUCCACCAUUAGUGCCCCAAGCCCUGUGCACUCUAUGCUGUGUAACUACCCUGCCUGUUGUGUCUGACCCUGAGAGCAGAGCACCCCUCCCAGCUUCAGGCACAGCCAGCCCUAGUCCUUGCAGGAGGUUCUCUUCCUAGGGACUGCUCUUCACAAGCUGGGGUCACAGCGAUAGGUUCCCAUUUCUGCAUUUGAAAGAUAGUGAAUUACAGGCAUCUACUGUCCUCAGCUUAUAGGACCUCUGCCCCAUUCAUGCUCUGCCUGUGGCACUCUUUGCCUUCCUCUUUCACAAAGGAAGGGCCUGGAGCCUCUCGGCUGUACUGGGGGAGAGAAGUAGCAACAUGGGGCCUGAAAGGUAGUUGAGUCUGCAGCAUUCAGGGAAGAAAACAGGUUGGGGCCUUUAGCUCUGGAGAGAGAAGGCAGAAGGGGCGUUAACAAGGAGAACCAGCCCAAACAGGCUCUGAUUGUAGCUCAUUCUGGUAUCGAGUAUACCCCUGAAGUUUUUAGCAGGUUGGAAGAGUGGGAAUUGAAGACUGCUGCAAGAGAGGAGUGGAGGCUCUUCUGUGGAGUUACCUGUGGCACUCGGAGCAGCAUUAUGGGGCUGUGUUCCACUGCAGCCUCCUACCCAAACCAAAGGUGUCACACUGGAAUCUUCACAACUUUUAUUUUUAAAUCUACUUUGGUAAUGUUUGAUAACAACAACAUUCCAUUUUCAUAGUGUUGAGGUAUUUCCUAGGACUUGUGAUCGUAUCUGAUUAUUUUGGUUUGGAAUGUUAAUAAAAAAUUGGAACUGUACAGGA